GGGAGAUACGGACAUCCAAACGCGUCCAUCUGCAUUGAUUCAAAUAAAAUCCGUACCAAAGCAUGGCGAGCCAGUCUCAGGGCAUCCAGCAGCUGCUCCAGGCUGAAAAACGAGCCGCAGAAAAGGUCGCAGAAGCCCGUAAAAGGAAGAAUCGUCGUUUGAAGCAGGCCAAAGAGGAGGCACAGGCUGAGAUUGAGCAGUAUCGUCUGCAACGAGAGAAAGAGUUUAAGACAAAGGAGGCUGCGGCACUGGGGUCUCAUGGAAACUCUGCUGUAGAGGUGGACAAGGAGACUGUGGAUAAAAUGGGCCGCAUCCAGGGGAGCUAUCAGCAGAACAAGGAGGCUGUGCUCGGCAACCUACUGAAAAUGGUGUGCGACAUUAAGCCAGAGAUCCACGCCAACUACCGCGUCGCCGGAUAAACCUUUAUGUCCAACCAUUGCAUAAGUUACAAUUCUUAAAGGCUCACAAAGCAAUGAGACAAAGACUGCUACUGGACAUAUCAUCUAACAAUCUUAACUAUAUAGAACACUCUUUAUCAACUUUACAACACAUGUCCUGCAGUUCAAACAAAUCAACGGUCGGGAUAUUUACAUGCCCAUUACCACAGUAUUUGCAAUGGCUUGCAUGUAUAUCUUUGAUGUGAUCCAAUGCAAGUCUUUGUCUCUUUGGAGUAUUGUCUGGUUUAUCAGCGUGAGGUUCUUUCUUUUGUGAAUGAUACCUUUAAAUGUUUGUAAGAGUGUCUGUAUCUUGAAGCUAUGUUCUUAAUUUAUGAGUAAUCGGAUGUUAUUGUUUUAUCUAAUCGAUGUAUACAGGUUGUUUCCAGUGGCUUUUGUGUGACAAAUCUCAUAAUUAUUAUACUAAUUAAUUGGAGUAAGAGUAACCAAACUAGCUUCACAGUUCCUCCCCUGUAUGAGUAGAUGGCAUUCCUCUAUCCAAUCCUGCUGUGUAAAAUGUAAUAAAUGUCUCCGUGUACAGAUUAA